ACCUUCCGAUCCAAGAUGGCGGCAUUUCGUACUGUUCCAGAGAGACUAUUAAGACCAGUGGCGCGCAGCAUAUCGUCAAGAAAUGCCGAGAUUAUUUCUGUUAAACCUAGUUUUGGUAAACCAAGGAUGUACCGUGCUGCUUUGUGCAAGGAACUUGGAAAACCUCUUGUCGUGGAGCAAGUCCCUGCAGCGGAGAAACUCAAAUCCUCUCAGGUGAGAGUUGCAGUCCAUAGUUGUGGUAUCAACUUUGCUGACAUACUUAUGUGUCUGGGAAAAUAUCAAGAUAAACCAAAUCUACCAUUUAUUCCAGGUGCUGAGAUAGCUGGAGAAGUGAUUGAAACCGGAGAAGGAGUAGAACAGUUAUCAAAGGGUGACCGAGUGUUUGGUCUGAUACCAAUUGGUGGUUUUGCCGAGGAGUGCAUUGCCGAACAGAGUGGUUUGUGGAAAAUUCCUUCAAGUGUUGGGUAUAAUGCUGCAGCAGCACUUGCAGUAUCAUAUGGUACAGCAUAUGUUGGACUCACUACCAAGUCAAACACACAACCUGGUCAAACAGUGUUGGUAACAGCUGCUGCGGGAGCAUUGGGAUUGGCAACAGUUGACUUAGCAGCAAAUGCACUGGGAGCAAAGGUCAUUGGGGCUGCAAGUAAAGACAAGCUUGAUGUUGUUACAACAAUGGGAGCCUCAUCCACAAUUGAUUACAACAAAGACAGUUUAAAAGAAAAGGUUAAAGAACUAACUGGUGGCAAAGGAGCAAAUGUGAUCAUGGAAGCUGUUGGAGGAAAAGUAUUUACAGAGUGUCUGAAAUGCAUUGCAUGGGGAGGUGUUAUUCUUCCUGUUGGGUUCGCUUCAGGAGAAAUUCCUCAGAUCCCAGCAAAUAUUCUCUUGGUGAAAAACUGUUCGGCAGCUGGAUUGUUUUGGGGAGCACACAUGAAACACAACCCUGCAUUACUGAGAAAUUCUGUCAAUAAAUCACUGGAGUUUCUAGAACAGGGUAAGCUCAAAGGACCACAUGUCUCUGGAGAGUUUGAACUAGACCAGGCAAAUGAAGCUUUUAAGUUUGUGAUGCAAAGGAAAUCAACAGGAAAAGUGUUAAUAAAAACAAGAUAAAUAGUUCAAGUAAGAAGAAUUAGAAUAGUCCCUUCUACAGUUGUGGGCUUGGUGGCCAAGACUUUGAAGAGGAGUGAGGCUAAGUGUGACCCUGUUGUGUUAGAGACCUGUAUCUAGUUAGCAUGAUAACAAAGUAAUUUGCAUUUGAAAAGCAGCAAGAUCUCCCUUAGCCUCACUCCAGUUCAAAGGCUUGGCCACCGAGCUCAACUGUAAAAAGGACUAUUGAGAUAACUUGUUUGCUCUAGAGCUGAAGUAACUUUAAACACUUUUAAGUUAUCAGCAAACAUCCAAAGAUUCACUAGCGAACAAACUCUUCCCAAAUCUGUUGACUUCUUGAUUUCUUACUUAAAAAAAAAAA